AUGGCCUGUGUUCAAGACGACCACAUUGAUACUCUGGAUUUCUCGCGAUACGCCCAGGGGACACCAGACGAGAAGGCUGCGUUUUCGGCUGAAUUGGUUGCUAGCCUCCGCGUCACUGGAUUCACUCGUUGCUUUUUCCGCUUGAGCGAUGUCCAGAAACUGUCGGCACCGCACCCGCAAGCUCCUUAUCCUCACCGAGGAUAUAGCUAUGUGGGCCAAGAAUCGAUCUCCGGGAUCAGUGGCUUCGAAAAGGGCGUCUAUCGGAUGCCUGCAGUCAAAGACGUGAAGGAAACUUAUGAUAUGGGGAGCACCGAGGACCACGAAUUCCCGAACAUUUGGCCAUGUCCACAGUACUUGCCUGGCUUCCGGCCCAUGAUGGAAAGAGCGUUUGCACGACAUCACGCAUGCUUGAAGAUUGUCCUUGAGUGCGUAGCCAUGGGUCUUGGUGUUCCAAACGAUCUCUUCGUCAAGAAGCAUCACGGCCAGGAGCAUGAGUUCCGCCUACUUCACUAUCCUGAGCAUAGCGAUUUCGGUACUCUCACCUUUCUGCUGCAAGAUGAUGUAGGCGGAUUGUAUGUUGAAGAUCAGCGAGAAGAGCGAGUCUUCCACCCUGUCGUCUCAAAGCCCCACGAAGUUAUCCUCAAUGUGGGUGAUUGCUUACAACACUGGACCGGCGGGCUCCUCAAAUCAGCAAAUCACAAAGUUACUGCGCCGACACAUUCGAACAUCGGAGGCCCCCCAGAUGCCGUCCCUGAGCGCUUUUCCAUCGCAUUCUUCGGUAAACCAGAUCGGAAGGAACCAGUCUGCGUUCUGCCGGAGUUUGAGACCAAAAAUUCUUUGCAAUAUGAUGAUGUCACAGCGGGGGAAUAUAACAUGCAGAAGCUGGUGCGAACAUAUUGA